AUAAGCACCAGCGUCUGGCCAUCAACUUAACCAUAAUUAGCACAUUACCGAUAACCAGUUUGCGCGCACACACAAGGGUGAUUAGCUAGCUCGACCACUAGCUAGUUAGCUCGGAAUACGUAGUUAAUGGGGUACGCGGCCAUGAGGGGUAGUGCCGUUCUCCUCGUCGGGCUUGUAGUGGCGGCGUUCGCCGGCGCGGCGGUAGGCGCCGGCUCAGCGGCGCGGUUGGUGCCGGCGAUGUACGUGCUGGGGGACUCGACGCUGGACGUCGGGAACAACAACCAUCUGCCGGGGAAGGACGUGCCCAGGGCCAACGUGCCCUUCUACGGUGUCGACUUCCCCGGCGGCCCCGUAGCCACUGGGAGGUUCAGCAAUGGCUACAACGUCGCUGACUUCAUCGCCAAGAACUUGGGGUUCGAGAGGAGCCCUGUGGCCUAUCUGGUGCUUAAAUCGCGCAAUUACCUUAUCCCCAGUGCCAUGACGAGAGGAGUUAGCUAUGCCUCGGCGGGAGCUGGAAUCCUCGACUCAACGAACAUGGGAAACAACAUCCCGCUAUCGAAGCAGGUGCGCUACUUCGAGUCGACCAAGGCUGAGAUGGAGGUUGCGUGGGGCUCCCGCAAGGUCUCGACGCUCCUUGCUGAAUCCUUCUUCCUCCUUAGCAUUGGUAGCAACGACCUAUUCCAGUCCAAGCCUAAGACCCCAGUCGAUGUGGUCGCGCUCUACACAACCCUUGUCUCCAACUACUCCACAUACAUCACCGAGUUGUACGGUAUGGGCGCGAGGAAGUUCGGGAUCAUUAACAUGGGCCCCGUGGGGUGUGUGCCACGUGUGCGUGUGCUGAACGUGACCGGGGCCUGCAACGAUAGCAUGAACCGCAUGGCCGCCGGGUUCGCCGCUGCCGUGAAGUCGGGCCUUGCCGCCCUGGUGCCGACACUCCCUGGUUUUACCUACUCCCUCGCAGACUCCUUUGUCUCCACGCAGGCUAGCUUCGCCAAUCCUCAAUCACUUGGGUUCGUGAACACCGACAGCGCAUGUUGUGGGAUCGGGAGGCUAGGCGCAGAGGAUGGCCGAUGCAAGAGGAACUCCAAGUUGUGUGCUGACCGGGACACCUACAUGUUCUUUGACGCGGUUCACUCCACACAACGGGCCGCUGAGUUGGCGGCCCAACAAAUGUUUGACGGCCCUGCCCACCUCACCGAACCAAUAAGCUUCAAGCAGUUGGCACAAAAGAGAUAUUGAUUACGUCUAACAACAAUAAGAAUUAUUAUUUUAUUUCUAGGUGGAAGAAAGAGAUGACUAAUUUACAAAUUUAUGGUUGUUGUUGUUUGUUGGUGUUAUUGUUGUUUGAAUAACAAUUAAUAAAUCUUACAAGAAGUAAUAUGCUAACCUAUUCUUCGCA